AUGCCUGUGUGGCGAACCUCUCCCAGUGCCAUGCUGAUCAUAUGGUGGCACAUAUACCUCACUGCCAGGAGCCUCGUCGAGCGAAUAAAAAUGUCUGCAACGCUCCAGAAGCUCAUCACCCCAUUGUUCAAGGGUCUUCCAGAGCCCCCGAGAAACAAGGUGACGGUGGUGGGAGUGGGGCAGGUGGGCAUGGCCUGCGCCGUCAGCAUCCUGCUCCGAGAGCUGGCAGAUGAGCUGGCCUUGGUAGACGUGCUGGAGGACAAACUGAAGGGGGAGAUGAUGGACCUGCAGCAUGGCAGUCUGUUCCUCAAGACCCCCACCAUCAUCGCAGACAAAGAUUAUUCAGUGACUGCAAACUCUCGCGUGGUGGUGGUGACGGCCGGAGCGCGCCAACAGGAGGGAGAGAGUCGCCUGAACCUGGUCCAAAGAAACGUGAACAUCUUCAAACACAUCAUUCCUCAAAUCGUCCGAUACAGCCCUGAAUGCAUCAUACUCGUGGUGUCCAAUCCAGUGGAUGUGUUGACAUAUGUAACGUGGAAACUCAGUGGUCUCCCCAUGCAUCGAGUCAUCGGCAGCGGGACGAAUUUGGACUCUGCUCGGUUUCGUUAUUUGAUGGCAGACAAACUGGGGAUUCACACAAGCAGCUUCAACGGCUGGAUCCUGGGAGAACAUGGAGACACCAGUGUGCCAGUUUGGAGUGGGGCAAACGUGGCUGGGGUCAGUCUGCAGACACUGAACCCACAUAUCGGCAGUGAAGAGGACGAGGAGAACUGGAAAGAGACUCACAAGAUGGUGGUCGACAGCGCUUACGAAGUCAUCAAACUGAAGGGAUACACAAACUGGGCCAUCGGUCUGAGCGUCGCUGACCUUAUUGAAAGUAUAAUGAGGAACAUGAACCGGAUUCAUCCAGUUUCCACCAUGGUCCAGGGCAUGUAUGGCAUCAGUGAGGAGGUGUACCUCAGCCUGCCCUGUGUGCUGAGCGCCGUGGGCGUGUCCAGUGUGGUCAACAUGACUCUGACCCAAGAGGAGGCGGGGCAGCUGCAGGACAGUGCAGGCACUCUGUGGGACAUCCAGAAGGAGCUGAAGGACCUCUGA